AGUAGUUCUGGAGCCAUGGCGGCCGCAAUGGCAACUGCGGGGUUGUUGGGGAUUUGCUCUCGGAGGUUGUUCGGGGCUGCACGGAGGGUGCCGGCCGCCGCUUCUCUCCGCUGGAUCUCUACCACGACCGUGGUCUCCCCGCCGGUGGAGGAGAAACCGGUCCGGGUACCUGAAGUUCACUGGCAAGAAGACCCAGAUAAAGAAGAUGUCAACCUUUAUGAGAAGAAUCCGGAGACCCACGGCUUUGAUGAAGACCCUUUCAUAGACAUGUGGAACAUGAGGCUCGUGUUCUUCUUUGGCUUCUCUGUUGCCAUUGUCCUGGGCUCCACUUUUGUGGCCUAUCUUCCUGAUUACAAGAUGAAGGACUGGGCCAGGAGGGAGGCUGAGUACCUGGUGAAGCUACGGGAAUCUCAGGGCCUUCCCCUUUUGGAUUCCAACUAUUUUGACCCCAACAAGAUUAUUUUACCUGAGGAUGAGGACUAAAGUAAACCCCGGCUAUGAAUAAAGUGAUUCUGAUUCUGUUAGUA